UUAGUUACCUAGGAACGUAUAGUAGAGCAAGAAAAAAUGGGAGGGUGUCUACCAUCCAAGCCAAAUCCAGAAGAUAAUGGUUCAGCUUCCAGCAGCACAAAUCGUUUCAUGCUGUAUGCGAGAGCACUUUCAAUCACAUGGGGAGACACUCCAGAAUAUUGGACAUGGGUACAGCAGAAAGAAGAAGCAAGUGGCACGAUAGUAGAGUUGGCUAAGUUGAAAAGUGUUUGCUGGCUAGAAGUGCAUGGGAAAUUUGACACUAGAAAGCUUUCAGCAGGAAUUCUAUAUCAAGUGUUCUUUCUAAUAAUGUUGGAAGAAUCAUCUCAAGGGUGGGAAGUUCCAAUAAAUGUUAGAUUUGUCCUUCCUGGAGGAAAGAGACAACAACAUAAAGUAAAUUUAAACGAGAAGUCAAGGGAGAGUUGGUUGGAGAUUUUAGUAGGUGAGUUUGUGGCAUCUAAAAAAGAUGUUGGCGAGAUGAAAAUUUCUUUGUAUGAAUAUGGUGGCAUGUGGAAGACUGGGCUUGUCAUCCAAGGUGUAGUCAUUAAACCAAAGAACUAGGUAUUAAAUACAUAUUAAGGAUAUAGAAGCUUUUAUAGAAGAAAAACAUAAGAAGAAAAAAUGAAAAAAAAAAUUCUAUAAAUUAAAAUUAAUAUUCAAAGAAGCUAACAUGAGGAAAAGAAUGUACUCCAACAACAACAAAUUAGGUUAUGGAUAAAUUAACUAAUUUUUAAUUUAUAGAGAGAAGUUUUUUUCCUACUUACUUUUCCCCUAUAAAUAGUAUUUAUGAAGAAAUUUAUGCAAAUAAAGUCUAAGCUAUAUAUAAUUUUUCUUUGAUCACUAAAUAAAAUGAAUAAGGACACCUUUACUCUAGUCGAUACCAAGAAAAGAUGAAGAAAGAAAAAAAAAAGUAUAUACAAGAAGUAGAUGUGAUAAUAAAGUAUAUGUAUUAAUAAAGUAUUUGAAAUGAUGAAGUGUUUUAAUAUCACAUUAUUUAAAUACAAUAUAACAGAUUGUUGUGUGAA